UUAUGUUAAACAAAAACCAACAAAUGGUUUGAAAUUAUGAAAUGUUUCAUUACUUUGAUAAUAAUCACAAAUUUAUCGUUUGAAGUAGCAUGUUUAAACACAGACACGCAGAAUGUGAAGACUUCUUUGUUCACGGAGUUGGACAUCAGGCGAUCCUGUUGGAGCCACGACUCAAUAAACCUCCUCCGUGCAAGGAUGAUCAUGCAAGACCUGAUACCCAACAAGGUGCCUAAGGACCUUCCCUACCUAGUGGAGUACAUCAGAAGCACGGAGGACGCCGUAGUGAAGCAUUCCCCAGAAGGAAAGGUUCGCAGGAUCAUGAUGUUAGCGCUCACAGAUGUUCUAGGAGGGUAUUUGCAAUCGGUAGUGAUUCCGAUAGCAAAGGAGGCGUACUACGCCGGCAACAUAGACUACCCUACUAUGUCACGUCUGGAUGAGAUGCUCCAAGAAAUGAAAGCCAGGCUUAGAACCGACGGAGGAAGAUGGUCGAGACCAUUGGACAUGUCGAAGUUCGCGACAAAAGUGACUCAACUACAUCUAGCAAACCUAAACCCAGACUUGGCGUGUAAAGCUCUUGUGGUCGUCCCUGCCGACCAGUGCGCCCCGGGAAGACCCAGGAUAUCCAUCCCUUACCUGGACUACGACGUGAAACCAGGGGCGAUAGCUCUUCCGCUGAGGGCUCGUAACCUGUACAGUCUGAAAACUCCUGCGUCCAGCCACAUUAUAGUGAGGUUCUACAUACUCGCCAGAGAGUGUCUAUCGCAAAUGAAACCCUCGGAGACUGACAUAUUCAACAGCCACUUUAUCCUGUGGCUGACGGCGAGAGUUGUACCCCACCUUUACGAAGAGUCUUGGUACCCCGGGUUUGGUGGCGUGAUGAGGAUAUUAGAAACCGUGAACGAAACGUCGGUCUUGCAGUACAACCAGAUGCCGAUGACGUAUAACAACGACUCGUACUUGGAAGGGCAGAUACAAAAUCCCAAAUCAGUUGGAAUGUUUUACUACUUGAAAAACCUUUUGAGAUUCCAUCCGUACUUUGUAGCAUUGAUAGUAUCACUUCUUCUACUACUCCUUCUCGCCUGUUGUUGCUUCAUCGUGUGUCUCGCGAGAUGCAGAAAAGGUGGAGGUCUCGGAGGGAAAAGUUCCUCUGGUAUCUUGAACGCCGUUUUAUCAAUAUAUUGUGGUGUAAAAGACAAAAAUGAUGAGAACAAAAACCCGACUAGAUCUUCAGAAGGUUCUUAUAACUACUUCCACCCUUAUCCACAACCCGGACACAAAUCCAUACCGUACACAAGUACGGCGAGUUCUCUGGCUUCGUCAUCAGAUGAUGAAGAAUCGGAUUCCUCACGUUGAUUAAUGGUUGAUAUGUUUAACAAUAUUUGAGUGAAAUGUAGGUUACGAACGAGUUUUGAGCACAUUUAAACCUUACAGAAUAUAACAACGUAACAAAAAACAGGUUUAAUGAAAGAAUUAAAAUAAUAUACCUCAUGUAUAGUUGGGUUUAUUGUAAAAUUUUAAAAAUUAGUGAUUUUUUAGACUCUCCCGAGACUUGAAUUUCUAUGGGUUUCUACUUUUCUAUAAGAUGUCAUCUUAAAAAUCUUUAUCUGCCGAGGAUUAUCGUAUAUUUUAGUACAGUAGUUAAGCCUAUGCUUAAAAAAACAUGCUCCCUUUAUCUUAUGAACAUAAUAAUUGUUUUUUUUUUUACAAAUCAAGUUUUUGGUGGACAAACAAAUAGCACAGGGCUCUAUGGGUUCACAAAACAUCUCCUAUCCGACUUUGGAGGGAGAAGGCCGUGAAGGGUUUGGAUUCUUAUAAUUUCUUAAAAACCUUGUAAUAUUAAAAUAUAAGUUAACAAGUAUGAUCAAAUUUGUUCAUAAAGACAAACAUAUCGCAUUAUCCUUCACAUAUUGAUUGCCGAAAGAUAUUACAUUCGGAAAUUAAUUAUCACAAUGUAAUACGUGAAAUUAGGCGUAAGAAGACAUUGUACAUGUAGACAUUGCAUAUCUACAUAAUCAUGGAGCAAAUUUUGUGUAUUUUGGGCACAGAACUAAAAGAGCAACUUAUU